UUUGCUUAAUGCUCAAAAAGAUACAAACAAAUUUCACCCAUUUGAAAAAGUAAGUGACAGAUACCAGAGUGGUAGGAAAUGGAAGGAAAGUUUUGCGUAGUUGGUGGAGAUGGCUUCAUUGGCUCCUCCCUCGUCAACUCUCUUCUCAACAGAGGCUUUUAUGUCCAUGCAACAGUUCUUCCUACAUCUGGAAAUGAGGACAUACAUUAUUUACAACAACUUCCUGGUGCCCAUGAAAGGCUCAAGCUCUUCAAUGCAGAUCUGCGGGUGGAAGGCAGCUUUGAUUCACCCAUUUCGGGCUGCCAAGGUGUCUACUUAGUUGCAUCUCCGAUGGACUUUGGCUCGAAAGAUCCCGAGAAUGAGGUUGUGGGAGUUGCGAUUCAGGGAACAAUCAAUGUGUUGAAGUCGUGUGUGAAAGCAAAAACAGUGAAGCGAGUAGUUUUCACUUCGUCAUCCUGUGCCAUGUCACCACUGAAUGAGGAGGGAAAGAUGAACAACAAUCCCUGCUCUGUGGAGUCUUUUUGGAGCCCUGUCAAUCACUUUCGCUCCAACAAACAACAAUUUCCGAUUUGGCCCUACUUCGUGUCAAAGACAUUGGCAGAGCAGACAGCUUGGAGCUUCGCAGCAGAGCACAAUUUAGAUGUUGUGACAAUUGGGCCAUCCGCUGUGGGAGGACCUUUCAUCACUCCCUACAUCUCCAGCAGCCUUCACGCACUCUUAUUCUUUCUACCAGGCAACAAGGAAAUUCUUAACAGCGUUGCAAGGUCCAUUUUCUCGGCCUUUGGGACAUUUCCAGUAGUCCAUAUAAAUGACGUUUGCAACGCGCACAUAUUUUUGAUGGAGGAGCCCGCAGCUCAAGGGAGAUACUUGUGCUCUGCAGAUACACUCUCUGUUGAGGAGCUGGAGCGAUUCAUAACAAAACGUUAUCCAGAUCUCAAGAUAAUAAACAUGUCGCAGGAUGUGGAUAUCUCUUUUCUUAUAAACACACAUUUCGAGUCUGAAAAGCUCAAGGAUUUGGGCUUCACUUUCAAGCAUGGGAUUGAAGAUAUUUAUAAUGAUUGCAUCGAGUCUUACAAAAAGCUGGGCUUGCUGACUUCACAGUGAUUAUCACAUGUUACUGUGAGUCUAGACAUAUAAUAAUAAUGACUUAGUCAGUACCAUUUAAUGGCUUAGUCAGGGUAAUUUAUGGCCAUGAUAAGAUAUGUAGUGCUUUCAAGUAUGAUUGGUUUAUUUAAUAUAGUUUAAUUGCUUCUUUUUAAA